CUUUAUCCGUCCACGAAGUUGAUUAGUCGGCUGUCAGUGUUGCACGUCAACACUUGUGGCCGUAGAAACCUAGACUUUCAAAUGCUUUUGCCAUGGCUUGACGCGUAUUUAUAAAGCGGUUGGUAAUGGUACGCAUCUCAGUGAAAUGAAUUGCCGCAACCGCAAGCUCUGAAAAGUGUUUCAGUCAACUGCACAUAAUUGACAGUGCCAUAAUAUAACUGUAUAUCAAAUGUAAGUCAUUACAUUUCUGGAAAGGAACUUGUUUUACAUAUAUAUAUAUAUUUUUUUAAAUUUACAAAGUGAUUAAAACAGGCGAACAGGAUACUUGAAGCCAGAAUGUCACAAAAUGGUCACCCCAAACCGCCAGAAAUUAUCGUGUUUGGUUUUGUUAGUGUCAAGCUCUGUGUUGGUUCCAUGCUUGGUCUACCUGUUGUACACAUCGGAUUUCCUGCCGUUCCCAGGUUAUGAUUUCAAAAAAAUCCACUAUGAAGACAAAAGCAAGAAGGUGGUGCUUAAUGAAGAGACGUUCUGGUCAGUUCAGGAUGAGAAGAGGAUACAGUUACAGCAUCAGUGUUUACAGUAUCAGCUGGACCAGGUGACCAUAGAUAUGCUGCCCACCAAAACGUUAUCCUCUAUCAUUGUGGACGAUCGGCACCAGGUGUUGUACUGCCAGAUCCCUAAGGUGGCCUGUACCAACUGGCGUCGCGUCUUCCUCAUACUCAGUGGCAAGCUGAACAUCACCAAUCCGCUGGAGAUCCUUAGCGACGAUGCCCAUCACAAGUACAAAAACAACCUCCGAUAUCUUAGUCAGUAUGGCCUUGGCGAAAUUCGAUAUCGUCUGAAAAAUUACUUCAAGUUCAUGAUAGCCCGAGAGCCUCUGGAGCGUGUGCUGUCAGCAUACCGAAACAAGUUCAUCAUGAAAUUCAGCUCCACAUUCCAGAGACUGUACGGCAGAAAAAUAAUAAAAAGAUAUCGCAGAAAUGCAACAGAGCAAGCCAAGGAGGAAGGAGAUGAUGUGAGUUUUGCUGAGUUUGUCCAGUAUUUGCUGGAUCCUAGAACAGUGAUGGAGCAGCCUCUAAAUGAGCACUGGAUUCAGCAACACAAGCACUGCUUCCCCUGCACUGUCAACUAUGAUGUCAUUGGACACUACGAAAAUUUAGACUCAGAUGCCACCCAUAUUUUGCACUAUAUGAACGUGGACAAAAAUGUCACUUUCCCCUCCCGAUAUUCCACGUACUCUCAUUCCAAAACCUCAGAAAGUCUAAAAAAAUACUUUAAACAGGUUCCGUUGCCAAUGUUGAGGGACCUUUAUGAGAUGUACUAUCUGGACUACAUGAUUUUUGGGUACCCUUAUCCUGACUUCCUUAAGGUGUUAAAUCCUUCUGUGACUAGGCAGGCUGGGAUAAUCCAUCACCAGAUAAAUCCAUCACACAAGCCAAGGCCUUAGUCAUCCAUCCUAGGCAAGCCAGGUAAACUGAUCGUCUGCCAAUCUUUAGGUGUCUGGGUUAUGCCAAAGUCCAAACUAUGCAGGUGUUCUUGUUUACUUUAGGAACUCUUAGCAUAAUUUACACAUUUAAGUUAUAUGUAAGAAAGCCAGUGUGAUUUGAACAAUAUUGCACAACGAACUGCUAUAUUUAAUCUUCCAGGAACUUUUUACAUCAACUGUACGAGCAGUAAAUGUCACACAACUAGUCAGUCCCAAAACCUUAUACAUGUACAAUUUACAUGUAUUACCAGUGCAUAAUGUGCCAAAUUUUAGUCAUUCUGAUUUUUAACAAUGUCAUUCUUUUUACCUUGCAUAUUAUUUCUUCUAAGUUGAGUUUUAUCUGUAUUAAUUUAUUUCUAGUUUUUUAUUAUAGUCACGAAGAUACAGUGAAUGAAUCUGACUGCAGUCAUUCUGAGAAGGUAGUAGUGAUAUAAUUCCAGAUUAACUUUUGGCACUUAUACAAUAAUUUAUAUUUUACAAUAUAACAUUUUUUCAUGUAUACAAUUAUUUUCCUUCAGUUAGAAAGUAGCAAACCAGUAUAUGUCACCUAUUAACUGACAGAUAUUUUGGACCUGGUUUUGGCAUGUAAUUGGAUUCUUCCUGGAACAGGUCCUGAAUGAUAUUUUGUUAUAAAUUGAGCUUCUUUCCGACUCUGGAUUUUGAACAGGGCAUAACAUUAAAUUAACUCCAUCAUAAUUGUGCACAAAAGUGAAAUUGUUUCACCAUCAAAUAUGCUGUGAAAUGAAUUCAGCGGAAGUUUGCCCACAUCUGUCAUGGCCUGAACGCUAACUCAGCUGAAGUUUGCUCAUAUUUCCUGUCACCUGGGGCCUGUUUUACCAAGCAGUCACAAAUUGCGCCUGAUGUAUUUUACAUGGCAACAUAUAGUGAAGAGAUUCAUCACCAUGGUAAAUGCUUCUGGCAUAUUGGUGUGACUGCUUCAUAAAACAGGCUGUGACCUGAAUGCUAACUGCUAAAGGUUGCCCAUAUUGGCUGUGACCUGAAUGCUAACUUUUGAAGGUUGCCCAUAUUGGCUGUGACCUGAAUGCUAACUCAGCUGAAAUCUGCCCAUAUUGGCUGUGACCUGAAUGCUGACUCAGCUGAAAUUUGCCCAUAUGUGCUGUGACCUGAAUGCUAACUCAGCUGAAAUCUGCCCAUAUUGGCUGUUGCCUGAAUGCUAAUUCAGCUGAAAUCUGCCCAUAUUGGCUGUGACCUGAAUGCUAACUCAGCUGAAGUUUGCCCAUAUUUGCUGUGGCCUGAACGCUAACUUAGCUGAAGUUUCCUCAGGUUUGCUGUGUUAUGAAGGAUAAUUCAUCUGAAGUUUAUGUUGCCAAUGCCAGUACAUGUACUAACAAUUGAUAAUUGCAUGUUUAAUUGAUUUACUCAGGGGAAAUGUUGUCUAAUUUACUCAUUUGGAUUCUGUACCCCUAACUAUCAAGUAUCGACAUACAUGUACAUGCAGUAACAGUUUGUUCUGAUCAAAAGUUUUUGGUAGAAAUGGGAGUUCUCUUAGAAAACUGUGAUGUUAUAUCAGACGUCGUGUGCCUUAUGUGCCUUACAUGUUAAACCAAAAUGCCCAGUAUGCAUUUACAUAUUUCUUUAGUCAUCAUUAUCUGCUGUGAAUGCUAUGCAUAAUAACUAUUUUGUGAUUUACUUUUCUCAGAUAUUUUGUCACGUGAAGGUUUUUCUACCAUUUCACAGUAUACAGUUUACCAUUUGUGUAUUUCCAUGGAAGUGAUAAACAAGAUGACUGAUUUUGGUAGAUUGACAUGAGAUACACGGCCUAUUGUUAUAGGGUUAUAAAAUACUAUAAUACUACUAAGUACUAUGUACUGCUUAUUUAGCAUAUUCAACUGUUUUAGUAAAUGAAGCAUGAACUAUGUGAAGAUUUUUUUAUGAUAUACACAUAUAUACAUCACUUGUACUACAGACUGAGAUCAGCCUUUAAUAAAUGUUUUUGAUUAUAUUUUACUUUUGUUGAUCUUUAUGCAUAAGGUUUUGUCAGUAAAUGGAUAGCGCAUGGCACAUAUUUGUGUUUGAUUUACACUUAAGUGAGUGCUACUGAUGAUGUCAUGAGUCAUCUGAUUCAGCAAGAAGAGAUUAUUUUGUGGCUUUAUCAAUUUUUAUUAAUUAUUAAUGACAUCGAAUUCAGUAUAUUAAAUGUUUAACUAGUGAUUGGAUAGCUGGAAGGUGACAAAAAGUGUAAGUUCUUGUACAGCCUUGAAUACCACUCAUGAAUAAGAGAUUGAGGCACAGCUAGUGACAAUCUCUGUUCUUCUUUUCUGUACUGUGAGGCAGACAUGUUUUUAGUCUGUCAGGGUUUGCUAUUUGUGACUGAAAAUGUCUCCCUGUGAGAUGUCUUGAAUUGGUCUGAAAGAAUAUUUUAAGGUGACAAGAACAUGAAACUGUUUUGUUCAGGCUUCCUGUACAAAUAGCAACAAGUUUUAGUUUUUGACACAUGUAUAUAAUAUCUGUAUCCCACUAAUAUCUGUAUACCUCAAACAGUAAU